AUGGCCCCGUCCCCUCAGACUGAACCCAGCAAUGUGUGCAUGGUCCUGUCCCCUCAGACUGAACCCAGCAAUGUGUACAUGGCCCUGUCCCCUCAGACUGAACCCAGCAAUGUGUGCAUGGCCCUGUCCCCUCAGACUGAACCCAGCAAUGUGUGCAUGACCCUGUCCCCUCAGACUGAACACAGCAAUAUGUGCAUGACCCUGUCCCCUCAGACUGAACACAGCAAUAUGUGCAUGGCCCUGUCCCCUCAGACUGAACCCAGCAAUGUGUGCAUGGCCCUGUCCCCUCAGACUGAACACAGCAAUAUGUGCAUGACCCUGUCCCCUCAGACUGAACACAGCAAUAUGUGCAUGGUCCUGUCCCCUCAGACUGAACACAGCAAUAUGUGCAUGACCCUGUCCCCUCAGACUGAACACAGCAAUAUGUGCAUGGCCCUGUCCCCUCAGACUGAACACAGCAAUAUGUGCAUGACCCUGCCCCCUCAGACUGAACCCAGCAAUGUGUGCAUGGCCCUGCCCCCUCAGACUGAACCCAGCAAUGUGUACAUGGCCCUGUCCCCUCAAACUGAACCCAGCAAUGUGUGCAUGGCCCUGUCCCCUCAGACUGAACCCAGCAAUGUGUGCAUGGCCCCUGUCCCUCAGACUGAACCCAGCAAUGUACAUGGCCCUGUCCCUCAGACUGAACCCAGCAAUGUGUACAUGGCCCUGUCCCCCUCAGACUGAACUCCAGCAAUGUGUGCAUGGCUUUCUCCCUGUCCCCUCAGACUGAAGGCCCUGUCCCCUCAGACUGAACACAGCAAUGUACGGGUCGUCCCUCAGACUGAACCCAGCAAUGUGUGCAUGGCCCUGUCCCCUCAGACUGAACCCAGCAAUGUGUGCAUGGUCCUGUCCCCUCAGACUGAACCCAGCAAUGUGUGCAUGGUCCUGUCCCCUCAGACUGAACCCAGCAAUGUGUGCAUGGCCCUGUCCCCUCAGACUGAACCCAGCAAUGUGUGCAUGACCCUGUCCCCUCAGACUGAACACAGCAAUAUGUGCAUGACCCUGUCCCCUCAGACUGAACACAGCAAUAUGUGCAUGGCCCUGUCCCCUCAGACUGAACCCAGCAAUGUGUGCAUGGCCCUGUCCCCUCAGACUGAACCCAGCAAUGUGUACAUGGCCCUGUCCCCUCAGACUGAACCCAGCAAUGUGUACAUGGCCCUGUCCCCUCAGACUGAACCCAGCAAUGUGUGCAUGGCCCUGUCCCCUCAGACUGAAGGCCCUGUCCCCUCAGACUGA